CUGUGUUGUUGAAUACCAGCAGUAAUUUCUCCAUGUUUUGCAAACCACUGUGUUUCCAGGUCUCCUGGGACAGCWGAGGAGAGCCAUCACCAUGAUCCCYGCGCUGCUCUUGCUGGGUCUUUCGGCCCUUGUCGCUCCAUCCGUGAGUUCCAGUUGCUAUGGUGAUAUAAGUGCUCUUCAAGCCCCUACAAUCUCCUGUACACCCGUAAGAACCUCUGACUGUGGAUAUGCCAUGAUACGGAGGACUGCUGAGGCAGACCUGGUGCGCCUGAGGAGAUACGAGAUCCCAAUUAAGAGAGUAGCCAGGAACCUGUGCUUGGACCCAGCRCUCAUCGGUGCCAUCAUGUCCCAGGAGAGCCGGGUCGGCCUGCUCCUGAACAACGGCUGGGACCAGGGACGGCAGAGAUACGGCCUGAUGCAGAUCAGCAGGCAGCAACUGCAACCUUACGUGGUGUGGGAUAGUGAAGAACAUAUAAAUCAGUGCUCAAAUAUCUUGGUUCUUUCCAUUAAUGAAGUACGGGCAAGACAUCCUACCUGGUCCUGGGACCGGCAGCUGAGAGGCGGAAUCUGCACCUAUCAUGCAAAAAUGGGCAACCUCCAGGUCUACGAGGCGGACCCAUGCAGCAGAGACUACAACUAUGUCAACAGCGUGAUAAGGCGAGCCCAGUACUUUAAGAGAAAUGGGUUCUAGUUCAUAAAUCCASCCUGCCACCGAGCCUCCCCUCCUCUUAGACUGGCCCAGCAGUGACCACAGUACCCAGAGCAGUUCCCCAGGUCUCUGGGCAGGACCGAUGCUGGUGGCAUUGCCAAUGACACCUUGCUCGCUCCAUCARAUCCCAGCUCCCCCAUCACUGAUGGGCAAGCCCAGCACUGCCUUCCAGGAGACCCCCAGGGAUGAAAUACCACAAGAUGGGGACCUUUGAAAUGGCAGAUGGGGAACAGACCAGCAAUGUUUAAAUUUUGAGUGAGGAAGGUGACUCUUCCUGUUCAAAGCUGGACCCCAGGRCUUUGUGGUUUGCGCAUCCCCCAGGCACACGCACACAAGCAGCUGUCCCUGGGCAUCAGCUGGGCUCUUUCCAUCUGCAUCCAGCUCCUUCCCUCUCCAUGGCCAAGGYGGGGGAUGAAGUUUUCCUUCCCUUGGUGCUGCUGGCUAAGGGGCAAUGAAGAGACYUUUGACUGAGUCUUUGGGCUCUGCAGUAGCUGAGUGCUCCUGUAGYCAGCCUUGAUGGGGACAAUGCUAAACAUGCAUUGGUUGGUCUCCUGAAUCCAUGGCCAUGGUGCAACUGGGCACUUCUUCAGGGCCUCUAUAUGGAAAGUGCUGCAAGUGCCACAGCAGGCAUACAAAAUGCCUUUUCAGCAGAGACCAACCCUUGGAGCAGGAAUCAGCCCUCUACAUACCCACCCCAGGAGCUGUACCACAUUAAUAGUUCUGGUAAAAAACCCCACAACCUUUCCUGCUUUAGCUUUGGCACAGUUAUACUGAGUUUCCUCCAAAUUUAAAAGCAUUUCAGCAUCUCUCCCUCUGCCAGAAAUCCCAGGUUCUAGCAGAAAUGAAUGAGCUCUGGGCCUAUAAGGUCUGUUUGAAAAGUUGAUGGGUCUCUCGGUGCCAAUUUAUUAAUUAGCGAAUAAUUAUGAGAAUAAGAGAGAAAAUAAAGAUACGUGUUAA